CCGCACCGCCCAGUCCCGCCCCCUGGGGGCGCUGCCCUCGGGCGCCCGCCACCCAUGCCGCCCAGCCGCUCUGCCGCCCGCCGCUGAGCCCGCGUCCACCCUCCAGCUCUCAAGAUGUGGCACAACGUGGGGCUGACCCUGCUGGUGUUCGUGGCCACGCUGCUGAUCGUCCUGCUGCUGAUGGUGUGCGGUUGGUAUUUUGUAUGGCAUCUCUUUUUAUCUAAAUUCAAGUUUCUACGGGAACUGGUGGGAGACACAGGAUCCCAGGAAGGAGAUCAUGAGCCUUCAGGGUCUGAAACAGAAGAGGACCCUUCAGCUUCACCACACAGGAUCAGAUCUGCUCGUCAGAGGAGGGCGCCCGCUGAUGAAGGCCACUGACCAGACACCUGCCAUACUAGAAUAUGGUCUAAGGCAGUUAUGAGCCUCUGUCUUUAGUGACCUAGCUUUGAAAGUUACUAAGUGACUGAGGAACAUUUGUAAUUGGAUUUAUAUCCAGUUCAAAAAAGAUUUACAUGUAAGCCAUAUAGAAAUAAAGGGAAUUUAAAUCAAA